AUGGCUUUGAGUGGCUUGACAAUGUCCACCACCACUGCGUCGUUUCCAUGUCUUCAAUCGCUGGGACCUCACAUCAAUCGUGUUCAAGAUGAUCAUGGUGCGACGGACAUCCAAGUGGAAUUCAGCAUUGUCAAAUCACCGGUUUUGUCCUCCAAAGACGAGGACGAGCUGGGGAAAUUCUUGGACAUUGAUUUCAUCUUAUCAAACACCCUCGGUUCCAACGUUGUGAAUAGCGGCGCAGAUGGCAGCGGGGACACGUCUCCGCCCCAGCCGUGCGCCUAUGCCCUGCCCGAGUCCCCGGAGAGCUGCGGCGGCAGCUCAGUGUCGGAGCGCGCCGAUCGGCUUUCCCCGCAGCAACUCCACAACUACCACGGUGGGAUCCGCUUCACAGAAGCGAGCCCCAGUCUCAUGACGGAACUUCUCGCCCCUGACGUCGGCUACCCACGGGAGAGUUCACCGGAGUGCGCGGACAACAUGGCGAGAGAUGACCGAGAGUACAUGGAGCUAGGUGCGAUGAAUCCGGCUACACACUCGGCUCACUACCAUCCAUCAUCGAUUGGAUACAAAAUUAAAACCGAGCCCAGUGGCCAGUCAUGUAUGUUGGCCGGUGGGGACUUUACGGGGCCAACCACUUUCGUGCAACCGCAGAAUCACUCGACAAGUAUUGGGUUCGGUACGCACGGCAUGCAGCAGGGACCCCUGGGGCGCACUGACUGUCGUUUAGUGCAGCUCAACCUCACUAAUCACCUCCAAAACAAUUACUUGAGCAACUCUUACCAUUACACUCAUCACAACAUGCACACGCGCUUCCAGGGGCAGUACAGCAUGAACGCGGAGCUCGCGCUCAUCAACCACCACGAUCACCAGCAGCAUCAGAGGCAGGGGGCUUCCACGCAAGGCGCCAUGCUUACCCCGCCAGCCUCACCGGCUCUGAUGGAUUUCUACGGGCAAGAUGAAACGGGCGUUAUCAAGCAGAAGAGAGGGCGCAGGUCGUGGGCCCGAAAGAGGGCUGCCACGCACAACUGCGAAUUCCCUGGGUGUGGGAAAACGUACACCAAAAGCUCGCACCUCAAAGCCCACAUGAGGACUCAUACAGGUGAGAAACCUUACCACUGCAACUGGGAAGGCUGCGGGUGGAAGUUCGCGAGGUCAGACGAGCUCACACGUCAUUUUCGUAAACACACUGGUCACCGGCCGUUCCAGUGUCACCUCUGCGAAAGGGCUUUCUCUCGCUCGGACCACCUGGCCCUCCACAUGAAAAGACACAUGUAG